UGCAGGCCCUGAGUGCGGAAGAUAUGCGGUUGUUCAUGCGGAAUUUUGGCGGGGUGUCACAGGGAAAUAAGGAGCGGAUGAAGACGUCUUGGGUUUUCAACCCAGAGACCAAUCGGCUGGAAGUCAUCCCCCAUUUUCACGACCGGAGUAAAGGGGAGCGAGCUGCUAAGGAACACGCGGAAGUGUCCGUGUCGUCCUCCAGCGUAGAAGAUUACCAAAAAUUCCACCACUUCGAGCGUUUCGUCACCACAAACUUCCCCUCCCUCGGCGCCAACGCGGUUAGGAAUUUGCUUCCGAAAGUCGAGCUUGUUAUUUCCAAGUUGCGAGCGAAAGAGUACCUCUUGCUUGACCCUACCGAGACGGAUUUCCUCGACCAGUUUCCGAACUGUGAGAAAGUGAAGCAGUUGUAUCGGAAGACGGAGCGGAAGAAACGGACGGACAUUGCGGACCGGUUGUUGGAGGAGAUAGAGG